UCUUGGGCCUGUUCUGCUCGACCCACAAUGAGGUUGCGGCCCAAAGCUUUGAAGUAAUUUCGUUCGCUUUUAUAAUUAGGUUGCAAUUCCCCCGCAAAACCCCAACCCCAGGAGCGCUGAUUUUGGCAUUCAAUUGAAGCCAAAGCAGAGAGGAUUUGACGUGUACAAUGGCGGAGUUAAGCUUGGGCAUCCUCAUAGAUAUUGUGGACGAGGAAUGGAUGAGAGACACUCUGCCCGAUGAUGAUCUUCCUUUGCCGCCUGUACUUGCUUCCAGAACUGAGGACGCCGAGGACUCUAACCAGGAACCUCAACCAGUCGAGGCUGAUACUUGGCAUGAUCUUGCAUUGGGUAACCAAUGAGAUGUCCCCAGUAAGCAGGGAAGGUUCACUUCAGCAAUCCUUAUAUGAUUAAUGCCCUUUGACAUUGAGAUAAUUGCCACAUUUUUUGUAUCCACUAUAUAUGGCACAUGCAUAUUUGAGACUUGAGAGCAUGUCUUACAAUCCAACUGCCUUAAUAGUUUGUCA